GCGCACAGAGCCUUGCAGAGAGCGUAGCUGCGCCGUGCUGAAGUGGCUCAUUGUGAGCUCCGCAGCAGUGUAGCUUUAAGAUGGAGGUGGGCAGCGCUUCGUGACGCAGGAAUAAUCCUGAAAGGAUGCUUCAAAACUCCAGACUGGAGCCAGGCAGCGCGUCUGUCCGGACUGGAGCUGCAGGGAUCCAAAAGUCUGACCGGACCAAGUACUGGGACACACUUUGACUCCGCAGACCAAAACACAUCUGAGAAGAUUUCUUCUUUUACCUGGUCAUUGGGUUUGGAAGCCUUUAACCACGGCUGUCUGUUUGCAGCUCAGUGCGCUGCUGAGAGGAGCAACUUGGGAAGAAGCAUUUGAAUAACACCACUCUAGCGCAGAUUUGGGCUUUAUCUGGGGACGGAACUUUGAAUACGGCGCCAUGGCACGUUUGACUGAACUGUUUCUGUUGCUUUUGGUCAUCUUCAACCCAGUUGUCACUGAUUCGCUCUCGGAGGAAAUUGAGGUUUUGGUGUUUUUGCCACAGAACAACUCCUAUCUGUUUUCACACGCAAGAGUCGCACCAGCGAUCCGUUACGCACAGGACAGGCUGAAGGCAGAAUAUCCCGGCUUCCACUUUAACAUCCACUUUGAGAACUCGGAGCCGGCCAACCGCGCUCUGUUCGCGCUGGCGGACAGGUCGUGUGGCCAGAAGCCCGACCUGAUCAUCGGUCCGGUGCGUGAGUACGAGGCGGCAGGUGUGGUGAGGCUCGCAUCCCAUUGGAAAAUCCCGGUGAUAUCUGCAGGUGCUCUGGCCACCGCCUUCAAGAACAAAGGGACGGAGUACUCUCACCUGACUCGGAUCGCCCCGUCCUACGUGAAAAUGGCAGAGACGUUCACCGCGAUGUUUGAGCACUUCACCUGGAAGAGCGCACUGCUGCUCAUCGAGGACGACAUGAAGGAGCGGGACUGUUACUUCACUAUGGAGGGAGUCUACCAUCUGAUGGACGACUAUAAUGUUGAAUUUGAAAUAAUUCAUCAAGAGGCCCCUUUCAAAAUUGAAGACAUCUUCAAGACUAACCAGGACAUUGAAGUGGUUAUCAUGUGCGCUGGAGCUGAGAGGAUUCGAGAGAUCAUGCUUGCAGCACACAGACAACAGCUGACCAAUGGCAGUUUUAUGUUUUUUAAUGUUGAUCUCUUCAACGCGUCCUCUUAUGGCAAUGGCUCGUGGAGGAGAGAGGAUGAGUUUGACGAAGAUGCAAGGCAAGCCUAUGCCUCCCUGAACACCGUGACUCUGCUCAGGACAGUUAAGCCAGCAUAUGAGAACUUCUCCCUGGAGAUGAAAAGGUCCAUAGAGGGACUUGGCCUUUAUGACUGCAAUGACUGUGGAAAUGUUAACAUGUUUGUUGAAGGAUUCCAUGAUGCUAUGGUGCUAUAUACCAUUGCAUUACACGAGGGCAUGAAGAAUGGAUACACAAAGAAGAACGGUACUGAGAUAACCUCACACAUGUGGAACAGAACCUUUGAAGGAAUUGCUGGCCAGGUAUCCAUAGAUGUCAAUGGUGAUCGAGUCGGAGAUUUCUCUUUAAUGGCCAUGACCAACAUUGAAGCAGGUAGCUAUGAGGUGGUAGGCAACUACUUUGGGAAAAACAAAACUUUUCAGCUGCUGCCUGCCUUCAGUAGUGAUCAUUUCACUCUGAAAAGAAAACAGGAAAAACCAAAAAAAGAAAAAGAAGUGGAAAAUCAUUCAUGUGGACUGGGAGUAUCAGCUUUCACAGGAGUCACGGUUGGAGCUGUACUUGGAACUGUAAUGUUGAUAGCAUUCUACUUUUUCAGAAAAAACUACAGGAUAACCAUUCAGCGGCGUACACAUGGUGAGGAGCCUGAAUCUGUGAAGCACCAUCAGUUACGAGAGGACUCCAUUAGAUCAAAUUUCUCAGCAGCGUAAUCUUCAAUCCGGACGAAUUCCUUACAGUGGAUCAUACGUGUGAAUGUGGCCAAAGACUUUACAGUGUUUUUCAGUGAUUCCAUAUCAUCUACAAUCUGAUAUUUCUGGUUUUAUUCAGAACAGUGUUACUUUUUAGAGCCUGGGACUGUUUUAACAGGUGCACAGCACCAUUAGCUUAGAUUUUCGUUUGCAAAAAGACACAAAAUAUUAUUGACUGGUGAACUGAACAGUUCGCUAUAAAAAAUAUACUUUACUUUCUUGCUUUCAUUUUUAUCCAAAAACAGGGUUUUCAGUUUAUUAUGACAUUAUUGGAAUACAUUUUGCUUCCUUGCUUUUUUCUGUUUUAUCCUGGAAUUGCUCCUAAAUUAGAUUUUAUAUCACUUAGAUUGUUACUUUGCAAAUUUCAAAUGUACGUUUUUCAAAAGUUACAUUUAGGCUGUCUAUUUUUUAUUUUCAGUUUUAACCUGAAAAAGAUUUGUGAUUAUUUAUUUAUUUAUUUUCUUUCUUUUUUUCUUUCUAAACAUGUCAAUUUCCCAGAUAGCCUUUAUCAUUGAUAAUAAUUUAUAGAUUAGGUAUUGGAACUAAUUUGUUUGUUUUUAAUUAAUGUGAAGGCAAAGAAAUAAAGCUUUAAUUGAUCUGA